AUGGCGAGGGUCAGUCCAGAUUUCUUGGAAAAGAGGGAGCAGUCAAGCCAUUACUCGACAAUCGGUGGAUACGUCACGGGCCUCCUAAAGGCCCAAGCCAAGGAGUACCGCUGUUCGAGAAUGGCGGAAUUUUACGGCAAACAGCACUUAAUCCUUGGCUCGCGAUUCCUGUUUCGCGGCUACCCAGGUUGGGAUUGGGCCAAGGAAAUCGUCGUGAUUACGGGAGGGAGCAGCGGCAUUGGUGCAAGCAUCGCCCAUCAGAUCUUGGCUCGGGAUUCAAGGACGAUGGUGGUAAUUGUUGAUUAUGCACCGAUGACUUGGACGCCAAAACCGGGCACACAUGUUGCAUACUACCAGUGCGAUCUGAGCAAUGCCGGUGCAAUCAGGACUCUCGCGACCAGAAUCAGGUCGGAGGUUGGGCAUCCCACUGUGCUUGUCAACAACGCUGGGCUCUGUCGAGGGGCGACGGUUAUGAGUGGGAGCUACGGGGAUGUUGAGCUGACUAUUAAAACAAACUUGAUUGCACCAUUCCUCCUGGUCAAAGAAUUCCUCCCACAUAUGGUCAAAAUUAAUCACGGCCACAUUGUCAACAUCGGCUCAGCCAGCAGUUUAUUCCCACCGGCGAAAAUUGCCGAUUACGCGGCGACAAAGGCCGGGAUCACGGCUUUCCAUGAGGCGUUGCAACUAGAGUUAAAGCAUAUUCACAAUGCUCCUAAGGUCCGCCUAACAAUGGGGAUUCUCGGGUUCGUCAAGACUCCUCUGUUCAAAGGCGAGACGCGGCAGUUUCACUUCCUGUUCCCACUGCUACACGUCGACACUGUCGGAGAGGCGUUUGUAGAUGCCCUCUAUAGCGGCCUGGGGAGAACGAUCUACUUGCCCGGCAUCAUGCGCUAUGCUGCCAUACUACGAGGGGCGCCUGAAUGGUUGAGUCGAGGUGUGAGGGAGGGAACAGGUUCGCUCGCCGUAGACUUCAAAGGCAGGCAAAAAGUGAACGAGGAGACGGGCGGGCUGGCGUAG